AGUCACUCGCCAGGCACGGGGAGGAAGGACCACAUUUCGUCUCUCUUGUAACAUUUUUUAGUUACAAUUCGAAAUAAUGGCUCAACUCGACAAGAUUGCCGAUAAUAUCGUCAAGAAAGCUGAUACUAAGGAGGAUGUGACGAUGAGCAGCUUCUGGGCAGAAGGAGGCUGCGUCCUCCUUUUCAUGCGACGGUUUGGAUGAAUGUUCUGCCGUGUGGGAGCCAAAGAGCUUAGUCUCUUGGCCCCACAGCUUGCCCAGGCUGGUGUGAGGCUCAUUGGCAUCGGCCUGGAGGAAUUAGGGGUUGAGGAAUUCAUUGAGGGGAAGUUCUUCGAUGGAGAAUUAUAUAUCGACACAGAUAAGAAAAACUACAAGGCCCUUAAUUUCAAAAACCUCGGUGUUCUUGCGAUGAUUCCUGCUCUAGUAGCCAAAGUAGCCAGGGACACAGUACGAAAGGCCAAACAAAUGGGGAUAUCAGGAGACAUGAAGGGUGACAAAAUGCAGACUGGAGGAUUGCUUGUUGUGUCGCCAAAAGGAGAGAAAGUAUUAUAUGAGUUUAAACAGGAAAAUCCGGCUGACCAUGCAGAGAAUGCAGCAAUUUUAAAA